AUGAGAAAGCAUGAGAAAGGCAUCAAACAGUUCAUCAAUGGCCUUCGUGCAAUUCCUCCCGGGCAUAACGAAGUUGUCUCAAAGGAUGCCCUGGACUUGUUCCUCAACCGUGUCAAAGCAAUAGAGGCUAAGAGAGAGGCUGGACCAUUUAUCGACCUUCUUACUGAUGUAUCAGACAUCCAGGACCUAGAAAAGGCAGCUGGAGGUAAUAAUUGCACAUGCGAUAACCACUACAACGUAGAGACAGGUGGAGAAAACAUACGUCUCAACAUGGCCAUCACGUCCCUCUUCGCUGCCAUGUAG